CACAGCAUACGCCUUCCCCCCCGCCCUCCAAGCAAGCUUUUAAUGGCUCGAGCUGUGCAGAAUAUUGGACUGCUGCUGUUGCUGACUUGUAGCUUAUCAAAUGCCCAGGGCUGGAGGAAUUGGCUUUGGGGGAGUUCAGAGAAAACCACCCUGGCUCCCACAAAGGCCGCCGAUACUGAGGAUCAGACGACACAUCAGCUGGCCACCUCCGAGGCGACCACCUUGAACAUCCCCCCUGAAAGCACCACACAGCAAACAGGAAAAGUAUGGAAUAUAUUCACCCUGAAGAGGCCAGACUUGACUGCAGACACCACUGUCCCUGCUGCAGCUACUGCAUCACCUUCUGAGCUGGGAGGCCAAGAGGGAACUAUUGCUGGGGUAGGGGCUGAAGUUCUCAAUGUGGCUGAAGGAAUCCAAAAUCUGGUUCAGCAAUGGGAUAAAAAGACAACUGAAGGGACAAAGAGGACCGAGGCACCGGUGACAGCUGUUUUUUUGGAAGCUUCCCUUAAUGCUACAGAGCUCGCUGCUGUCCAGAAUGUUACUGCCAACCUGACGGGUGCGGUGCAGAUCUUGCUGGAAACUGAGCAGUCCCAGGUUUCUCUUCCGGUGACUACAAAGCCCAACUUUCUGUUGAACAAGACUCAAGUUCUGUUAAAGAAGCCUGAGACACCACUGCCAGGUAGUGCUGCUUUCUCAUUUUCACCAGAUGACCAAGCCAGCGGGGAUGUGUUGGCUUUUCAAGAAUCCACAGAUGCAGGGCGAGAAGGUGCUGUCACUCCAGAACUAAGGGCAAACCGGGGAGCUUUCUCAGAAAAACGAGGAAUUAUAUCCAGUGCAAAUGUUUCAGAAUUGCAGAAGCUUCAGGCUAAUAGCAGCGUGGAUGUUGGAAUUACAUCCAAGGUGGUGGGUGCUUCAGACAGCUGGCUAUCCCUUUAUGUUGCCAAUUCAAACCAAUCAGCCUAUGAUGGCAAUAGUACCCAUCUCAGCCUUAAAAAACGCCCCUUUAAGCAUUCUGGGAUACCAAUAGCUGAUGCAAAUAAGAACUACUCUAGUGAUUCUGUUUCUAAUUCAAAUGCAACUAAUUUAUUGGAUUCUCCCCCUGCCAGUAACUCUGAAUCUCUUGAGUUUCUACUAACCUACACUAUGCAACGUUUAAGCAGUAGUAGUGCAGGGCUUCCUUCCUUCUUUUCUGGAUUGACUCCAACAGCUGGCCGCUGCUUGCCCUUACCAGCCAAGCUGUCAUAUUGCAACAACCUGGGCAUGAAGCAUUUCCGAGUGCCGAAUUAUUUGCAUCAUGGCAGUGAGGAGGAAGUUCGGGCUGCUUUGCAUGAGUGGGAGGGGCUUCUUAAAUCUCGGUGUCACCGCUACUUGGAGUGGUUUUUCUGCUUGCUACUGGUACCUGGGUGUAACACUUCUCUUCCAAUAACACCUCCACCGUGCCGGGGAUUUUGUGAGGCCCUGAAAGAUCUGUGUUGGAUUCAUUUGAAAGAGGGGCAUCUUCCAAUAUCAUGUGACACUCUCCCAGCGGAGGAUGGUGUAUAUUCAUGUGUGUUUGUUAAUGUUUCAGCAGAAAAUUUCAGCACAGAAGUUGGUCUCUUAGAGCUGAUUGGGGAUCCCCCACCAGAACAGAUAACCAAAAUAUAUGGCCCCGACAACAGUCCUGGCUAUGUGUUUGGACUGGAUGCCAACACUGGCCAAGUGGCCCGUUACCACCUCCCCAGCCCUUUUUACAGAGACUUCUCAUUGCUGUUCCACAUUCAGCCCACAUCAGACAAGGCAGGUGUGCUUUUUGCCAUCACAGAUGCUUCCCAGUCGAUCAUCUAUGUUGGCGUGAAACUUUCAGAGGUGAAGGAUGGGAAGCAGCAGAUAAUCUUCUACUACACAGAGCCUGGCUCUCAGAACUCCUAUGCUGCCGCCACAUUCACGGUGCCCUCCCUUGUCAAUCAGUGGACUCGCUUUGCCAUCAGUGUCGAGGAGGAAGAGGUGGUUCUGUACAUGGACUGUGAGGAAUUUGAGCGAGUCCGUUUUGAGCGCUCUCCUGAUGAGAUGGAGCUGGAAGAAGGCUCUGGGCUUUUUGUGGCCCAAGCUGGAGGAGCUGAUCCAGACAAAUACCAGGGUGUAAUCGCAGAACUGAAAGUGAAAGGAGAUCCUCGGGCAGCUGACGUCCAGUGUGAGGAAGAGGAGGACGAUUCUGAUAUGAUGUCUGGAGAUGGUGGAAGUGGGGCUGAAGAAAAACCACAGACAUCAGAAAAGGAAAAGGGGGCUCCAGUGCUGUUAAACCUCCCAGAACCUCCACCUGUCACUUCUCCUCCCACUGAUAAAAAGCCUGUACUGCCAGAAGAGAAACCCAGUUUACAAACUGAACUAACCAAACCAGAAGAGAGGCCACCAUUUGCUUCAGGAGUUGGAGCCAAAGGUGAAAAAGGGGAUCUGGGAGAAAAAGGUGAACGUGGCCCUAAAGGGGAUUCUGGAGUUGGUGAACGUCUGCCAUCAGGUGGUGCUAAAGGUGAUAAGGGAGAGAAAGGAGAGCUGGGUGUUAAGGGAAAUGCAGGCUUUGGGUAUCCAGGCUCUAAAGGACAGAAAGGCGAACCAGGUGCGCAAGGAUCUCCAGGCCCUGCUGGCCCCCCUGGCCCUCCUGGGACUGUUGUGCAAAGCCCUGAUGGCUCUGUUAUAGAGCAGGUUGCUGGGCCUCCAGGACCCACAGGCCCACCAGGGCUGCCUGGGAAAGAUGGUUUACCUGGAAAGGAUGGAGAGCCCGGGGAUCCUGGUGAAGAUGGAAAACCAGGUGAUGUUGGCCCUCAAGGGUUCCCUGGGACACCUGGGGAGCCUGGACAGAAAGGAGAAAAGGGUGAUACAGGGGUUGGUGCACAAGGUCCCCCCGGUCCACCAGGACCCCCUGGGCUACCAGGAUUCAGUUCUAAACUGGACAAGUUGACAUUUAUUGAUAUGGAAGGCUCUGGCUUUGGAGGUGACUUGGAAAGUUUGCGGGGCCCCAGAGGACCUCCUGGGCCUCCAGGGCCUCCUGGAGUGCCAGGCUUGCCAGGUCAACCCGGGAUAUUUGGGACGAACGGCACUGACCUUCCAGGACCACCCGGCCUCCCUGGAGUGCCAGGAAGAGAUGGCAGCCCAGGACUUCCAGGACCUCCUGGCCCUCCCGGUUCUCCAGGAAGAGAUGGCAUCCCAGGCCAGUCUGGGGGAAAUGGAGCAAGCGGAGAACCAGGUGAACUGGGCCUUCCAGGAGCACCUGGACCCAAGGGCAGUAAAGGAGAUGCUGGGUUGCCAGGAGCACCAGGAGAAACUGGCCUUGCAGGACUUCCAGGGCCCAUGGGUCCUCGAGGACAGCCUGGACCUCCUGGUCCACCUGGUCCAGGCUUUGCACCUGGAAUUGAUGAUAUGGAGGGCUCAGGACUGCCAUUUGUUUCUGCUGUCCCUGGAGCACGUGGACCAGAAGGGCCUCAGGGUCCACCAGGACUUCCAGGGCUCAAGGGGGAUGCUGGCAGCCCUGGUGUGCUAGGAGAAAAAGGAGAAAAAGGAGACCCAGGAUUGCCAGGACUGGAUGGUCGCCCCGGAUUAGAGGGUUUCCCAGGGCCGCAGGGGGCAAAAGGUGACAGAGGGGACUCAGGGGAUAAAGGUGAACGGGGUCAAGAUGGAGUAGGAUUUCCAGGGCCCCCUGGCCCCCCCGGACAAGUCAUCUAUCUGUCCAGUGAUGAUAAAACCUUAUCUAGUGUGCCAGGCCCAGAAGGCAAACAAGGGCAUGCUGGUUUCCCAGGACCAGUCGGACCAAAGGGUGACACGGGAUCCCCAGGUCUUCAAGCCUCUCCAGGACUGAAGGGUGAAAAAGGAGAGCCAGGCGUUAUAAUUGGCCCUGAUGGGACUGUCAUAGCAGCUCAGGCAAAGGGAGAAAAGGGUGAGUCAGGCGCAAGAGGACCUGUGGGACCAGCAGGGCCACCUGGGCGGCAUGGACAGAAAGGAGAAAUUGGCUUUCCUGGAAGACCUGGUCGGCCAGGCAUGAAUGGGUUGAAAGGUGAAAAAGGCGACCCAGCAGACUCAAGUGGAGGGCUGGGUUUAAGGGGUCCCCCAGGUCUCCCUGGACCACCGGGGCCUCCAGGACCUUCAGGCAGCAUAGUGCCUGUUUAUGACAAUAACGCAUUUAGUGAGACGGGCCCUCCUGGACCUCCAGGGCUGCCUGGCUACCAUGGGGCUCCUGGUCAGAAGGGAGAGAAAGGCGAGAUGGGUGCUCCGGGGCUCCCAGGCCAGUUCCCUUAUGAUCUCAGCAGAUUUGGCUCCACAAUUAGGGGAGAAAAGGGGGACAGAGGGGAGUCUGGGGCAAAAGGUGAAAAGGGCGAGCCAGGUGCUGGAGGAUUCUUUGGAUCAACCAUCGCAGGACCUCCGGGUCCUCCAGGAUAUCCUGGCCUUCCGGGGCCAAAAGGAGACAGUGUUAGGGGACCACCCGGUCCUCCUGGACCUCAAGGACCUCCUGGUGCAGGAUUUGAGGGACGGACAGGGCGUCCUGGUCCUCCUGGACCUCCUGGACCUCCUGGACCUCCUUCAUUUCCAGGUCCCCACAGACAAUCUAUCAAUCUUCCUGGACCACCAGGGCCACCAGGACCUCCAGGACCUCCAGGCAGUGGUGAUGCAUCUUCUGGGCAGCUGCGAAUCUUGCCGACCUAUCAGAGCAUGAUGAGCAGAGCUCACGAAGUGCAUGAAGGGCAGCUCCUCUUCAUCCGGGAUAGAGAAGAGCUCUACAUCCGUGUCCGCAAUGGCUUCAGGAGAGUCCUUCUUGAGGAAAGAGUCUCUAUCUCUGGUCCUGGUCUGGACAAUGAGGUAUAUGAUAGGCCCUACUCACCUAGUGGGGGCACCGCAUCAUCUGGAUCCCAGCGCCCAUUCCCACAACAUUUACCCUUGCAUCCACGAGAAUAUGGUGUCUACUCCACUGCCAAGCCUUGGAGCGGAGAUGAGAGUGGGGCCAACCAACAUCGUCUUCCUGAGCAACCUGUCAUCCACCAUCCUCAUCAGGGAGCCCAGCAGCAGCAGAAGCAAGUGAAUACCUUCUUCCCCAAUAUCCACCAGUCUGAAACUCUUCCUUCUGCUAUUCACACACACCAUGACUUCCAGCCUGCUCUCCACCUUAUAGCCCUGAACACUCCCCUGAGUGGCAGUAUGCGUGGCAUCCGAGGGGCUGACUUCCAGUGUUUCCAGCAGGCCAGGGAGGUUGGACUGACGGGCACCUUCCGAGCAUUCCUCUCGUCCCGACUGCAAGAUCUCUACAGCAUAGUGCGCAGAGCAGACAGGAGCACGGUGCCUAUAGUCAAUCUCAGGGAUGAAAUGCUAUUUGCUAACUGGGAGUACCUCUUCUCAGGCUCUGAGGCUCCCUUUAGAACUGGGGUUCGUAUCUUCUCCUUUGAUGGAAGGGAUGUCUUGAGAGAUUCUGCUUGGCCUCAGAAGUCGGUGUGGCACGGCUCCGACUCCAAGGGGCGGCGGUUAACAGAGAGCUACUGUGAGACGUGGAGGACUGAUGACACGGUGGUGACAGGGCAGGCGGCCUCACUGGCUUCGGGCAAGCUGCUUGAGCAGAAGAGCAGCAGCUGCAAAAACGCUUUCGUCGUCCUAUGCAUCGAAAACAGCUUCAUGACUCCCUCUCAGAAAUGAAAGGGCACACACCCAAAAGCGCUGACUGCAAGUGGAGGGUGGGCACCUCCUGUUGCCCUCGAGCAGAGGGGAACAGGUGAUGGUCCCUCCCCACCUCACCCCCACAAUCAGGAUAGUGUGUCCAGCCAGUUCCACAGUAUAGCCAUGAAGCAGAUCAAUGAACGAAAAAGCCAAAGAGUGUCUUCCUGUGGUUUCCAGCGCAGACGGGGUCCUUUCCGCCUUUGUGGCACGGCUGUGAAUAACGCAUGCCUUUGCCAGAAGGGCUGGGGCAGGUCAGGCUUGUUUGUGAGGCAAUCUUCAGGCAAGUAUGGUACAUGAAAUGGUCUUUCUCUCUCUAGCCAUGUACACGAUACAAAGAAUGUAUGUACAAUCUGUGUACAGUGUACACUUAAUUUUUCUUUGUGCAAGCAUUGAGUAACUCUU